UGAAAACCUGCUAGAAUUUCUUUGCUAUGUUAUAAUACCGUUCUUUCUCGUUUGAUCAAGAAGAGAACUUUUAAGAAGAGAUGUAUCGAGCGCAUCAUCCUGAUGAUCCAGGAAUGCACAUCAGAGAUCAAUUUACGGACAGUCAUACAAGAGUGGCUUACAAGAGCAAUCCUGGCUUCCUUGAUAGAAUUCAAAGUAGUUGUGGUGCUACUCUGUUUGGUAUUGUUCUGGUAAUUGUGGCAUUUCCAGUAUUAUACUGGAAUGAGGGCCGAGCAGUUGAGACAGCUCUCUCUCUUGAUGAGGGUCUGAGAGAGGUUGUAUCUUUACAUACAAUUGAUCAAAUCCAGGAUCAGUAUCAUGGCAAGUUAGUUCACAUUUCAGGGCAACUUAGAACAGACAUGGUCCUAAAUGACGGAGAGUAUAGUGUUGCUGUAAAAGCGGUGAAGUUAAAAAGAGAAGUGGAAAUGUAUCAAUGGGUGGAACAUAAAUCAACAAAAGAAUACAAUGAAGGAGAUAAAACAAGAGUUGAAUCCACCUUCAGUUACAAUAAGGAAUGGAAGUCGACGAUCAUUUCAAGCCAUGAUUUUGACAACCCAUCAAGACACCAAAAUCCUUCAUCAAUACCUGUGUCAGCUUACGUAAAAGAAGCAGAUCCCGUGUUUGUUGGGGCCUUUAGAAUAUCAAAAGGUCUUAUUGGUAAGAUUAACGACUAUCAUGGCUUACAAGCAAAGGAAAUUCCUACAGGGAGCGAUAUAAUGAUACAAGAUGGUAUUUUCUACCAUUCACAUAAUCCUUUUAGUCCACAAGUUGGAGAUGUCCGCGUACGCUUUUCCUAUGCAGGACUUAGUGGCAAAUCUCGCCUGGGAGAACCCCUUACAGUCAGUAUAGUUGCUAGGCAACAUGGUGGUACAUUUGAACCUUACCAUACUGCAUCUGGCUACACUCUGGAACUUUUAUACCCAGGUCAAUUAAGUGCUAAGGAAAUAUUUGAUGCUGAACACUCGGUUAACUCGGUUGUUACGUGGGCUCUUCGUGGAGUUGGUUGGUUUAUGUUGUUUUUUGGCUUUGUAAUGAUGACAAGCAUACUGACUACAUUAGUGUCUUGGCUUCCUAUAGUACGAGAGUUAGUCGGGCUUGGCGUCAUCAUCACAUGUCUUUGUCUCUCGACAUCAUUAUCCUUGGUUACCAUAGCAAUCGGAUGGAUUGCCCAUAGACCUUUACUAGGCAUGGCACUAUUGGCAGCUGCCGCUGUACCCAUUUUACUAUCAAAAUUCAAACAAGGCGGAAAGAAGAAAGAAUCAAAGCUCUGAAAUCUAGACUAAAUACUAGAAUAUUGCCGCCAAACAGACUGAAAAUCGAAUUAUUAGCAAAUGUCACACCACACCACACCACACCACACCACACAACACUAUAUUACAUUAUACUCACUAAACUUGAACCUCCACUAAACACACCGCCUCGUGUGUGU